AUGAAAUAGUAAAAUUAAUAAAGGAGAAAAGACUUAUUGGAGUAACUCAAAUCAAAUUUACAUAUCAUGGGUCAUAAAAUGAGUAUUUUAAUAUAAGGAGCUGAUGGUUAAAUAUAUUUAAAAGAACACUUGUCUUCAGAAGGACAUCAACCCUAUGAUGAUCAAACUACUAUUCAUAUAGCAUCUGGAUGUAAAUGGAUUGCUAUGACUAUUAUAAUGAAACUAGUUGAAUUAGGAUUAUUAAGUCUUGAUACCAAAGUGAUAGAUUUCUAUCCAGAAUUUAAGAAUAGAAAUCCUAAUUUAUAAUUAAAACAUUUGAUGACUCAUACUUCAGGUUAUGAAUUAGUAGAUGAAUGGAUAUUAGAUCUAGAUAUUACAUUAUAAGAAUCUGUGAUUGGAAUCGCAAAAGGUGGAAAGUAUCCAGCCAGCAAAGUAUAUUUUCAAGGAGGUACUAAGGUUGGUUAUAGUGAUAUUGGGAUGUAAAUAGCAGGUGGAAUGGCAGAAAUAGUUACAGGAAAAUCAUUUCAUUAAUUAUUUGAUGAGUUUUUAGCUAAACCUUUAGAAAUGAAGAAUGCUUAAUUUACUGCUUUUGAUGGAGAGAAAGGUUAAAAUAUUGCAAUUGCAGAUGGAUUUUUAGUUAGAAUGAUUGAUUAUGGUAAUUUUUUAUAAAUGCUACUAAAUCAUGGAUCUUUUAAUGGCAAAUAAAUAAUAUAAGCAUCGAUUGUUAAAUAAAUGUUUAAAGAUUAUACUGAAGAUUUUCCUGUUUCAGUAGAAAUCAUGAAAGAAGUUGUAGGAGACGUAUCAGAUUCAUAUAGUUUUGCAAUUGGUGCUUGGAUUUAUGAUACUAAUAAUAAAAAUUAACCUGUAAUCUUUUCAAGUUCUGGAGUGCAUGGAUUUUAAAAUUGGCUUGAUAUUGAGAAUAGAUAUUUAUGUGUAUUUUUUAUUAGAGCAGAUGUUGAAAAUGAACCAUAAAUAUCAGAAUUUAGUGAAUCAAUGAGACCCUAAAUUUUGGAGUUUUAUUUGAAUGAGAGUAAAUAAAAAAAUAUUUGA